UCUCCUACCCUACCUACUGCUUCUCGUACAUGAUACCCCAUGCCAACCGCUCGUCCACCUCCCCCCUCCUCCCUCCGCUAUCGCAACUGACUCCGUCUUCAAGGUUACCAUCUCCCCCCUCAGACACCGUCGCCACCUCCCCGCCGCAACGAACAUCUCCCCCCAUAUAAUGGCCCUCGCCCUGACGCCACAGCAACACCUCUGUCCGCUGGAGGCCCUCCUAUCAAUCUACACCCCCAUCCUCGAAUGUCUCGUGUCCCAUCUGCCGACCUCGAGCAAGCUCGCGCUUUCGCAAUCGUCUAGAUCGCUACGCCAGCUCCUCCAUCACUACCCAAGAUUCUUCGCGCACCUCGACUUCCGACUGUCGGUCUUCGAGUCGGCCAACUUUGACUCGUACCCCCUGGGCACCGUCUACAAUCUCGACCGACUACUGCAAUGCCUCCCCGUUGAUGGCCGUAUCGUGUCUUUGACGCUCGACUGGACGGCAGUAUCCGGCUCGUUCCUGUUCAACAAGAUCUUGGACCGGUGCUCACAGACGCUUGAACAUCUCUCGGUCCGGGGAUGUCGUAAGGUUUCGAUAAAGCACCACAUUGUUCCGCAUUUUGUCUACCAGUCAUCCAUUCUUCCUCUCGGCGACCACAACGGCGAGAAGCAAACCCCCGCGCUGAAAUCACUUUACGUCUACAAAGCUCGUGGCGUACGGCGCAAGCCCUUCCUGAUCGACCGCAAACCGGCCGAUGGAGACGAACCGAGUCGGUAUCUCACUACACUCGCAGCUAGCCUUGGCAUCUGGGUGGAUCUUGGCCUCUGUCCGACCCCGAAGCUGCGGUGUCCCCGCAGACGAGAAAUCUUGCGACGAGGAAAAGAGAACUUCUGUGUGCCGUUCGACAAGCGAUGGACCGUGCUGGACGACAACGAGUCGCUUUCGGAGGUGGAGCAUGUGCGUCGAAGGACCCGUGAGCAGGGCUACGGGCAGGGCCUGGUGUGUUGGAGCUGCGACGCCGAGAUUCCCGAUCGAUGCGAGGCCUGCGUGCACCAGAUGACCUGCAGCUCGUGCGAGAAGCCGCUCUGCCACAAUUGCGCCUACAUAUCACGGGCAGCUCUGGGACAGGCAGUCAACCAGGCCGCUCAGUCGGCGAGUGCCGCGGCCACUGCUAUCCCGGCAGCCGCGUCACCGGCACAUUGGGUCGCGAUGGGGCUGGUCGGAGCGAACCCGCAACCGCUCAACACUGGAGACCAGGACGACCCGUUCGAGGCCGAACCAUGCGCGAUCCGCUCCAAACUACUGACACCAUGUUGCCGAAUAGCAUUGGGAACGCACGCGGACAACCUCUGCGCUCCGUGCUACGCUCAGACGGGCCGCGCGGCAUGCUCACUCUGCGACAAGCCGUUAUGCAUCAAACACGAACUCGAGCGAUGCCGACGGUGCGAGGGAGGCUGCAACCGAGUCUUUUGCUUUUCCUCCGCCGAGAAUCGUGAUUCUGGAUGCGGAGAGCCCGAGAACGGACGCGCACAGAUGAAAGAUUGUCUCGGCUGCGGCACGGAAAUCUGUGGGACUUGCCGCACUUCAUUCGCCAACAACAAUGCCAACGCGCAGCAACUGUCGUCAGCGUCAAGCCCGGUCCCGAGCAGUGCCGAGGAAGACGAUGACGGCAGCGAGAGCACCAUAUCCGCCGGCGACGGAGGAAGAAACAUUGCAACCUCUGGGGCGCAGAAGAAGAGUUGCUCCUGCAAGGUUUGCAUCGACAACUAUUAUUGUCCCGGCUGCUGGCCAACCAAGCCGCUUCCCUGUGAACCGCGCCCAACCUCCAUCCUCCAACAACGCAGAGUAAUGCGUGGAUCCGUCGAACUUUAUCAAAUCGCAUUCGAGGAUCCCUCGGAACCCGCAAGAUGGUUCACCCGUGCCGCCCUCUCCGAGCAACACCCACAGAUCUACCCCGCCAUGCUCGAAGAGUUCGCCGCGCGCGAGCAGCUUAAAGACGCACAUAUAUCUUUCCCCUUCUCCACCACCACCACCUCAGACCAACCAGGAUGUGACGAGAUCCCAGACUCAUACAUCAAAGUCGGCGUGUCGGAAUGGAUUCUCGAGCGAGUGCUCGCCGUCAAACCUGGGUCGGAGGGAGCGGAUUCGUGGCAUCCUCCGCCACCGAACGAGGACGGCGCAGACGACGAUGCGAUGGUGCUGUGCAAAUGGCUCGGCAGAACUAUGGCGGAAGUCACUUGGGAGAGGAAUGAGUGCUUCGACGAGGAGACUCGCCCGAGGGAGAGGAAGAUGGUGGACCAAUUUGUGCUGAUGUGUUUGCAUGAGGAUCAGAGGACUCGAGAGGUGGCUGCUGGUGCUGCGACGGCUACAGCUGCUGCUGCGGCUGCUGCGGCUGCUGCGGCUGCUGUGGCUGCUGAUUCGGCCGAAGCAGCAACAGCAAUAGAGGAGGCACAGGCAGAGACGGAGACUGAGACCGAGGGAAGUGUUUUGAUAUAGUUUAUCUCGUUGCAUGUCAUCACAUCUUCAUUUUUCUUUUACUCUUCAUCUUCCACCGUUGUCAUUGUGGAUACUGAUAUCCCGCGUGGUUCGUUGUUUCUUUUGCUGUGUUUGUGUCAUGCUGGAUGAAUGAUGGAUUAAGAAUUAGUGUUUGCGUGCGUGCGUGUUUUCAAGGGCUGGAAAAAGGACGGGAAGGAAGUGUGAUGGUCAAAGCAAUGAUCAA